AUUAUAGCACUUCCCUUUAGGGCACGUGACCCAGGAGAAUUAAUUUUUUUAGGUCACAAGAAUCUGUUUCUAUUCGUUCUACUCGCUCCUUUAUUUCUUGUAAUAACUUUUUCAUUAUGAGACCUAUUUCUAUUACUUUUUCACAUUAAAGUUAUAUAAAGAAUUACAAGCAAUUGAUAAUGAAAAGAGAAAAAUAUCGACAAUUUAAUUAAAAUCUUCUUAGUUCGAAUGGGUAUAGAGAACUGCUUUCAAGAUCAAUUAUUACGAAAAUACCCAGAGUAUGGUAGAUAAAAAAAUUCCUAGAAAUUUGAAUCUGCAUAAAUAGAUGUGCAUUUGAUUAAUUUUUUUUACUGGCAGAAGCAUCUGUAGUGAAACAUUUAGUAAGUGCAAGUGAUUUUUUUCCCUUCUAGUGUGUUAAAUGCUUUAAAAUUAGUUUCUUCUCCUUUGUGAAAUAGUAUAAAAUAUGACCUAAUUUAAAAGGAGCUACAGAAAAAAAUUGUCCUUUAAUAAUGGAUAUAGAAGAUAUCAGAAGGGCUACGUAAUUGUACUUAAUAUUUGGCCGAGUGAAUGGCUGCAGUUUGUAACUUCUAUCGACGAAAAGAGAGUUUCCAUGUGAACGAAGAUGAUAGCGAAAAGUUUCAGAGUAUGAAGAAACCCUUUGAUUCUCUCUUGCGACGUUCUGGAUUAUUCUUGUCGAUCUGCAAGGAAGAUAAAUCAGUUAAUUCGCAAAUGCUACCUCCUGAAAAUAUCGAUUCGACACCAGAAGGUGCUUGUCAAUUCGAUUUGUCAUCUCAUAAAAUUAUCGAGCACAAUUAUCCGUCAGUUAAUAGAUGUUGCGUAUGUGCCGAAUUUAUAUGGGGUUUUCUCUGUCAUGGUUACACCUGCCGAGAUUGUAACCUUCACUGCCACAUUGAAUGUGCAAACAACGGCGUUAAAGAGUGCUCUAAUUCUUCAACUGGAAAUGUUUCGACUACAAAAAGUUCAUUCCUUUAUGGUUUAUCUUCGCAGAGCGAGAGUUUUUUAAAAUUAUUAAUUGAAAAUCUUGAGCGUCGGGCUGAAGAAGACAAGACCGAAGUUGCCCACUUAUAUGAGGACAGCAAUUUAGAUGACAAUCUGAUGGAAGUGUUAAAUUCGAAGGGAGGAAACGUUUGUCUCGACUCGAUAGCUCCUUCUUCUAUCUCGUCAGCAAUUUUGCAGUACUUAAGGGAGUUACCUGAUCCACCGAUACCGGUGUCAUUUUACAAGGAAUUUAUUAAAGUUUCCAAUAGUGAGCAACUGUUCAAAUUAUACGAAACCUUGCCAAUGCAGCAAAAAUCGACAAUGGACUGUUUAUUGAGCCACAUUUCUAAGAGUCGUAUACCAGUUCGAUUCUUUUCUACUUUAUUUUUAAGACCUGGAUGGAAUAAUAUCCUAGAUAUUGAAAAAAAUCUAACAAAACACGAAACGAUUUUAAAUCGUCUCGCUAAAGUAGAUAACAAAUGUAUUACUGAAACACCUCCAAGACGUGUUUCAUGUCGAAAUUUAGAAGAACAAUACUGGUAUUGGCCGAACUUAUCAAGAGACAAGGCAGCAAAAUUACUAGUAUCACAACCAGAUGGAUCUUUUUUGGUUAGAGACUCAUCUAACAAACCCGGGGACUAUACAUUAACCUUAAAAUGCGAUGGGAAAUGCCGUUUGGUAAAGAUUUACCAAAAAAAUGGAAAGUUUGGUUUUUGUCAUCCUAACUAUGAAUUUAAGAGUGUCUUUGAUCUUGUUGAAUCGUUCAAAUUCUCAUCGUUAGCUGCUUAUAAUCCCGAAUUAAACAUUAAACUCUUAUAUCCGAUAGAAAGAGGCUGUGAAGAUUUGGAAAACAUGAAUGAAAAGGAAAUCUUAGAAGCCUUCUUAAAAGUUCACGAUGAAAUUUCGAUUGACGAACGUAGAGUUUUAUUAAAUUGGGAAAAAAGUGUUGACUUAGAGAACGAUUUAUCUUUAAAAAAGACUGCCUUAGAGGACUUUAAAGAGCUAAGUAAAAUUUUUGAAAGUCAAGAAAGAAAAUUAAAAAGAUUUUCUCAGCUUCAUGAACCUUUUUCCACUAACGACGAAACAAGAUUUAAAAAGUGCGUUGACAUUCUUCAACAAAGAAUUUCGGAUUUAGAUACUCUAAAAACGAAUUUUGAGGUUGAAAUAGAAAGUAUCAAAAAUGAAGUUAACGAAUUACAAGAAGAAGUGGAAAAUUUACAGGGGAAAAUCAAUAAGAAUCUCGCUUUAAAGAGGAACUAUUCGUCUUGGCUUGUACAAAAUAUGCGUUUGGUUAAGAAUCAAAUUGAUUAUUUAAUAUCAAACUACGAGAGUUUAAAAAUUCGUGACCCCCCGUUAAAGCAAAACUCGAUUAAAGAGGCGAUCAAAAAUUUUUACAGACAUAUUUUUAUGGAAAGUGAUAAUAGGCCUGAUCAUGUUGAAACUUCAUGGCAGGAAAAGGACUGGUUAACAAGUGAAAUGUCAAGAACACAGGCUAUAGAUCACCUAAAAAAUAAAAAACCUGGAACAUUCCUUAUUAGGAGGCGCGAAGAUGAGAAGAAAAUAAAUCAUGCCCUGUCUAUUGUAGCGACUGUAGAGGGUAGUGAACGAGAAACUUUCAUUGCACACUGCAUUAUCGAAAAUCAGACGGAUGGUAUUGGAUUUUCUUAUCCAUUCAAUUUUUCAAAUUUGCACGAACUAGUUGAAUAUUACAGGUAUCACUCUUUAAAGUACAAUAACAAAUCGUUAGAUGUCAAAUUGGAAUAUCCAGCGUUUUUGUAA